GCAAGAGCUUCCGGUUAAAAUACGAAAUAUGCAGCGCCGCGGUAAUCAUUCACUCUAGCGUGCCUGGACCGUCUGAAACAUGUUGACCCCGCCGAAGGAGGGGAUGCCCAGCAUGAUUGACAGGGCGCUGAGGAUGAGGAGGGAGGAACAGGCUCGACAGAUUGUCCUAGCCUGGGCUGUACUCAACAUGUCUCUAGCAGGCAUGAUUUAUACUGAAAUGUCAGGAAAGCUGCUGAGCCGAUACUACAACAUCACCUACUGGCCUAUCUGGUACAUCGAAUUGGUGCUAGCCUCCCUCUUUAGCCUCAAUGCUCUUUUUGACUUCUGGAAAUAUUUCAAGUACACGAUGGCUCCCUCCACCAUCGCUGUAUCCCCUGAGCAGCACCGCCUCCUGGGUCUCAGAAACACGAGUAUUCAUGCCUCUCCACCCCAAAAGCCAGAAAAAAAGGAGACUCCAGCUCCGGCCCAGUCUUCUCCACUGCAGGGCCAAAGUGUGCUGAGUUUCAGCCCCUCACGACCUGCUACAACCAGCCCCAAGUUCUCUCCUAGUUGUGUACCAGGAUACAGCCCUCCUCUCAGCAACCCAUCCACUCCGAACAGUGCAGGGGGACCUUUUUCCCCAUCAGUGGCUUUUGGCAAGGUGUUGAACUACAGUCCAUCCCCUGGCUCCCCUCCUUAUCCUAGCAGCAUUGGACCAGCAGAGGGAUCCAGCUUGAGAGCUCGGUAUCGUACGUCCCCCUCUGUUUUUAACUCUCCUGGCAGCAAGGAGGACUACAUGGAAGAUCUGAAAAGUUUGGAGAGGUUUCUCCGUACAGAGGAGGAAAAGAGCCACCGGAGCCAGCUGGGGAGUCCUGAGUCCGUGUCUCCGAACCACAGCCCAACAUUUUGGAACUACAAUCGCUCGGUGGGAGAUUAUGCUCAGAGCCUGAGGAAGUUCCUGUACCAGCCAGCAUGUCGCUUUCAGGCCCCGUCUGCACACAAGGAUGAGACGGACCUCGGCUCCAAACAGGCUGCAGAGGAGGUGUGGGCUAGAAUCACAACCAGCCGUCCCGUAGUGGACCGUAUUGACAGCUGGACAGCCAAGCUGAGAAAUUGGAUCAGUGACACCAUCUUGGACCCCCUGGUGAAGGAAUUAGACUCUGUCAACAGCCAUCUGAGGAGGAUGGGCUGUCCUGAGCUCCAGAUCGGAGAGGCCAGCAUAAGCAGCCUGAAACAGGCAGCAGUAAUGAAAGCGUCCUCCAUCCCCACUAUGAACUCUAUUGUUCAGUACUUGGACGUCACUCCCAACCAGGAAUAUCUCGUUGACAGAAUAAAAGAGCUGGCCCACAGCGGCUGCAUGAGCUCCUUCCGCUGGAAUGGUGGCGGUGAUGUGAAGAACAGGAAGUGGGACACAGACCUCCCCACUGACUGUGCAAUCCUCAUGCAUGUGUUCUGUACGUACCUGGACUCAAGACUGCCCCCUCACCCAAAGUACCCAGAUGGGAAGACUUUCACUUCACAGCACUUCAGCCACACACCUGACAAACCUGAUGUAACCAAGGAGAACCUGUUCUGCAUUCACCAAAGCAGCACCACCCCACCUCACUACCAGCUCAUCUACCAGGGGCAUAUCUACAGCCUCCCAAAGGGACGGAACAACCUGUUCCAUACAAUCCUCAUGUUCCUGUUUGUCAUUAAAACUAAAGAGUCAGGGAUGCUGGGGAGAGUAAAUCUUGGACUCUCAGGGGUGAACAUCCUGUGGAUAUUUGAAGACUGAUGCGUCAUCUUUGGCUUGAAACAAACAUCCCCAAAAGAUUCUUUCCCCAUGCACUGGUUGGAUAUUGUUUCAACUUAAGGGCUGCUCUGUCAGUGGCAGGUUGGAAAAAGAGCACUUCGCUUUGAAAGACAAGACUUUUGGACAUUUUUGCAACUCUAGUGUACAAAUUGGUAAAGAUCUGUAUUGUCACUAGUGUUUGAUCAAUGCAUUUGUGUACAACACAGUGUGUUUGAUGCAGUGCAGAGCUAUAUUUUUUAACAGUGUUUGGUGUUCCUGUUUUGUAUUUUGAGAAUGUACCAGCAUGGCAGCCUUGUACAGAAAAUACCUCAGAAGUGUCUCAUGGUCAGGGCUCAGACCCUUUUAGCAUGAAUGCAGAAACAUUAUGUUUGGACUUUUGUUCCUUUAACCUCAACGAACUUUUAACACUGGUAUGCUGUUUUCCCCGUGGUUGAAUUAUUGUUUGCUACAGUAUGGAUGCUGUUCACAUUAGGGAUGCACAAUACUGGAUUUUUGCAUUUAUUUGAUAUGCCAUUACAUAGAAAUCAAUUUUUGCUGUUGCCUAUAUUUAAAUGUAAACCAGACCUAAAAGUUCAGUGAACAAAUUGAAACAUUUCACUCCUUUAAGUAUACUUAAAGUUUAAGGAAUAAUGAAAAAGACUUCAUCUGACGUAGGUCAGUUGGUCCAGCUUCCAACUAACUUAUGUGUUUGCACAGCCAUUAUUUAUGGCUGAUUUACAGCAGAUUUUUUAGCUAAACUAUCUGUUGUACAUAGUCACUGAAAUUUUCAUAUCCGCUGAUAUCAUGCUGAUAAUAUUGUGCAUCCCUAGUUCCCAUGCUUGGAGUAGUUACAGAAUUUGGAAAACUCAAAAAAGAAAGGCAAAAUAUCAAGUGCUCCUCAGUUGCAAAGCUUUUUAUAGGACUAGGCUGCAAUGCGGCUCAAUAAAUUGAUACUUUUGAGACAUGAUGGAAAAAUAAUAGGCCUUAAAAUCACCAAAGUAAUUUAUUUUGAGCAGAGUUUGUUUGGACAAGCGUUGAUAAUGCUGUUGAUCCUACUGUCUCAUGGCGGCCAUUCAUUACAUGCCCCGUUUGGUUUGUUUUCCUUUCUUUUUUUGGGAUCGGGGUUUAGUAAUAGCAUUUUCUACCACUUAAAUAAAACUGAAAUAUGAACUUCACUGCA